AUGGAUGAAGUAUACCAGAUCACUUCUACUGAGAAGGUCCAGCAGCUGGAACAAGAGCUGGCAGCACAGCCGGCAGAGCUGAGGGCAGAAAUAGAAGACAACAGGAUACUCCAGGGAAUACUGAGUAGGGAAUACAGUUCUGUUCCAAUUCCAAAGGAUGCAACUUACUUCAGAAAAGAAAGGGAGGUGAUACUAAAGAAAGGCUUACAGGUUCUCCAGCAUUUGCCUAUUUCUCACAGAAUAAAUGUGACUGAUGAGAAAUGUCCUGAUGUAGUCCAAGACAACUGGGACAAAUUAAGAAGUGCUUUUGACAAGAAUUCAGAAUCCUUCCAUAAGGACACUGGAUUCACUUUGCCCUGGCACAGCACUGAAACUGAGGACCUGAAACCUCAGCUCCAGCUUCUGCUUUCUCACUUUGACAUUGACUACAACCUUAAGGAUCUCGAGAACUCAGCUGAUGAGAUGGAGCUCUUUCCCCUGGAACUAAGUACCAAGGAUGAUAACACAGCUGUGGCUCACAGUGGGGAGAAUGUAGGAAAUAUCAGCUCCAAUAAACCUCCGUCAUCCUUCAGAAAGAAGAAGGAAAGAGGGUAUAGUUACACAAGCAGCUUUCAGCUGCUAGGAUUAGAAGAGGGCAGAGCGACUGCCUACAGGGAGCACGCGGUGAGAAGAGGAGCCUACUUGUCCCUUCUUUUCUUACGUCACCUGAGACUCCGGGAGCUAAAGCGAGUGUGUCUGGGGAUCCUUAACUACUUCAGGUCUGUGGAGAGAAGCCUGACCGUCAGUACUGCUGGCCUCUCUUUCAGGGCUGGUCACCUAAUUCCCAGUGCAGAAGAUACCUCCUGGGUCAGUGCUGCCAAAGGAGGCACUAGUGGUUUUGGUGGCCUGAGUUCACAGCUGUACAUUCACUACACACCAACUGACUACAAGGUCCACAGCGCUCAGUUCAUGGAGUUUAUGGAGAUGGAAAACCAUGAUGACUUUCACACUAGUGAAGAUGGAUAUAUUCACACUCAGGACCAGCAAGGGGUUUUCAUAAUAUAUGAUGUGACUUUAGAGGACCUGAGGGAGCUUGAGAACUAGCUGCUACUUGUGGCCAGCCAGUACAUUGAGAAGGAUAAAAGUAAGAUAUCUACAAGUCCAAAAGAACCUAUUCAAUUCAGUGACAGCAACAUCCUUGGCUCUGUGGAUCAAUGUGCUGUGCUGCUUGACCUCUGGACCUGUGAAGCUGCUUUCUUGGAAAAAAAAUACCAGCCUCUAGACGUUUACUUUGAAGCUUACCAACAUGCUUUGGAUCCUGAGGAAAGGUUUGCUUUGGCCCAAGCGAUAAUUGACGUCAUGCAUAAACGUCCACGGCUUGAUCUCAAGCUUGACUAUUUUGUCAGCACCUGCAAGGAUGAAUGCAUCUGUUUGCAACUUCACCUCCAACUGCUGAGGGACAUAGUAGACCGACAAAUAGAUGCCCAGAGGGAAUAUGUCCAAAAGAUCUGGCGGGAAGGUCAGAAAGGUGGCAUUGGUGAAUUUGGACUUCCUUAUAACGUAAUUACUAAGCAGCUUAUCUCUCUUAACACUAGUUGUCCUACUUUUAAGAACAAUUAUUUGUUGGAGUUUCACCCUUCUCUUGGUUUGGUGUGCUUGAUCCUCAAAGUUCUUGAGUAUAUCUACCAGGAAUUCUACAGCAUCUGAAGACCAAAAACAGCCAGUAAAGCAAGUAAUCUAGAAAAAUGAGUACUUCAGCUAGUCAUUGAUGAGUGGCUAACUAUGGAAAAAACACAAACUUUUUACAGUUCUCAGAUUCAAAAAGAUAUAAGUUCUAUUCUUAUGUUACUAAUGACUCUUCAAAGCAGAAUGCCCAAGAGUUUAUUUGCUGAGGUACUGAUAGAAGACCCUUUGCUGGUGCAAGAGAUUGCUUUGUCACUAUUAGAGGUGGGAGCAGACCAAGAAAAAAAGGCAGACAGAGAAAAACAGCUUUUUAUGCUGGAUUCCUUCGCCACACUCCUGGAGCUUGUCACGCUCCGGCCUCAGCUGAUGGAGGUGGCAACAGAGAGCACGCAGUUAGCCAGGUUAUAUAAGGCUUUUGCAGUGGAAGGAGUUUUUGGGGAGUCCCAUUUAUACCUGGGGCCUGUGCACUUUGAAUCUACAUCUCACAGGGAGAAAGCAGACCCGCUCCCACCAGUAUUCAUUACAUUUCUCCUGGAAGAUGACAGCUGUGUUGACAAAUAUAUUCCUUCUAGCUUACCAUUAAGCAUUCAAGAAAUUGACAGCCAUAUUGGAAAGUUUAGUUUCCAUUCAAGACAUGGUAUUAUGCGGCUCUUGUGUCCAUCUGGAAUAAGGAGCAUGCAACUUAUCCUGGCCUGUCAGGUUAUUCAGAAAAAUGCUCUUUUGGCAGCUGUUCAGCAAGCCUCCUUCUGUUACUCGGUCCAGCCUCCCCAUACCCUGGACAUAAAGGCUGCCCUCAGAGCUCUUCACCUAAGCCUAGAAAUUGUUGGUGCAAUUCAUGAUGUGGUUUCCUAUCUCCUGGCUUUUGCUCAAUUAGGAAAUUCCCCAAACUGCUUUUGUGCCUUAAACCCAGAGCCUCUGACCUCAGACUGGGGAGAGACUGACAGGAUUGAGACUGAACUUCAAGAGAUACAGAAAAUGAUUGACAGUCUCCAGAAUCCACUGGAUCCCAGUGAAGUAGCCCAGCUGCUGACCGCUCACAGAGAAGUGAUCUUUCUACAGUUCGAUGCAGCAAUCAGGUCAUCGACUAUGGUGUUAACAAACAUGGAUAAAGGGUUGAUUGAUAUAGUUUGUCUGGAUUUCCUGAAAACUGUAAUAGCUUCAACAGAGGCUCUUAAGAAGUCUAAGCAGCUACUGGAUAUGUGA